UAUGAUGUUUUAAACCUUUACAGCUGACUGGAAAGCAUGCACUGCUGUGUGAAUAUCCCAUCAAACAUAUAAAUGAGAUCUGCGCGAGCUUGAGUGGGCAACGCACGCUAAGCUGUUUGUUUUGCCGAUUUAACGACCAGUCUCAAUUGGAAGACAAUAAAGCAAAGGAGCGGAGGAGGCAACUUAAAGAGGAUCAUGGGAGAUUAAUCCAAGAGGAGGUGGAGAAGAUGGAGAGAGACUUGGCACAGGAGCAGCUACCGACGGAGGGCCCCCAGAGAGAGCUGCUGGUGCUGACCAGAGAGAGGCUGGUCCUGGUGCUGCAGAUGGAGGCCCUACGCACGGAGGCCCUGCAGGCCGAGAGAGAUCUGCAGGAUCAGCAUCACAGACAGCAGAGGGAGCUGCGCUGUCUGAGGGAGGAGAGUCUGCAGGUGUUCAGGGCGUUUCGACAGGUGAGCGAGGAGCACAGGAAGACGUCAGAGGGAAGAUACAGAUGUGUGCUGCUGGAGGCUGUGCAGGACGCCGUCUACCUCUCUGCACAGAACCAGCAGCUGCAGGCCGACAACAGACAACUCCACAGAGCUCUGGGAGAGUUAAAGGAUGCUCUGGCUGUGGGAGUUGAUCCAAAGGCUGAACCUUUAUCACGACAACAAUGAAUGAGAGUCAAAGAGCAUGCUUACUGCACAUCAUGGAACAUAAAACUGUUUCAAAAACAUUUAUUAUACACUGUGUCACACAUUAUCUUUAAUGAUGGAAGAGAAUGUGACACAAACCAGAAAUACAUGACAAUAGCAGCACUCUUCAGUUGUACUGAAGAUAACAUGAUCUUUACUUGCAAUGAGUUCAACAGAAUUAUAAAUUAAAC